ACGUUAAGGGAAGAGAGAGAGAGAGAGGGGGAGAGAGAGGGAGAGAGAGAGGGAGGGAGCGGUGACAGAAAAACGUGUUUCAGCGGAGAACCGCUCAGUUUGGAUGAGGAGGAGCGGAGAGGCGGCGCGUUUGGUUUCCUCCCGAUCGGUUUUACGCACGCACACCGGAGCUGCCUCUUCCCAGAGAUCUGAUCCUGUCUGCGGCGCAAGGAACGGGGCCGCUAUCGGGAACCAAAAGGACAAUCGAUGGGACAAUAUUUUUGGUUUCUCAAUCACAGGUGCUUUUACUGAGUAAACGCACCAGAGAGAGACCCAGGGCAAAACAGAUUUGGGAAUAUUCUAUUGAAGCGAAGGGGAAAGACGCGUGUUACUUUUUCCUUCUUCUCAUUUGUCCUUCUUUGGGGCCCAAACUUAAUGUUUGCCGGCAGAUGAUUCUGAUGGUGCUCGGCGGCUUCAACAAGUGAUUUCCACUUUGUUUUGAAAAUUUGUGAUUUUCUGUCUCGCCAGCUGCGUUUCGGUCCAUAUUCCCACGCGCGUUUCGCCUGACACGCGGACGCGGUUGUUUUCGCCCGUGUGCCACCGAGAUGGAUUUCGCCACUUUAAAAGCGUGUUUAUUGGACAAACUGCGCUGAAUUUUUAAAAGCAUUUUUUUUUUUACCACAAUUUGCGCCCACUGCGGUGUCGCGCACGGACACAACCCGCACGAACGUCGUCGUUUGAGCAGUUUGGUAUUCCUGGAGAGCCCCGAGAGCACCGCCGCCGGAGUUUGGACACAGUCGCGCUGCGCUUGAGAGAAGUAGAAAGCUGCGGGGAAGGGGGGUGGUGGUGGUGGUGGUGGUGGGGGGGGGGGGAUACUCUUCGGACCGCAGCUUUUGUCUCAGAUAAUAAAGCCACACCGCAGAAGAGAAGACGAGAUUUUUUUUUUCCUUCACGUUCAAAGCGGGGGAAAGAUGGAUGUAUUCAUUUGGCUCUGUGGAUGUUUACUGGCUUUUCUCGCGCCUCCAGCAGUCAGAGCAGAGGAAGGAGCGUCCGAGCCAUGCGGUGGCUAUUUAGAUGCAAGCGAUGCGGGAUACAUCACCACACCUGGCUACCCGCUCGAGUACCCACCGCACCAGAACUGCCGCUGGGUCAUCACAGCCCCGGAGCCUUCGCAACGCAUCGUCCUCAACUUCAACCCGCACUUUGAGAUAGAGAAGCUGGACUGCAGGUACGACUACGUGGAGAUCCACGAUGGGAACUCGGAGACCGCUGACGUGUUGGGGAAGCACUGCAGCAACAUCGCCCCCGCGCCGAUCAUAUCGUCGGGCCCCUCGCUCCACAUCAAGUUCGUGUCAGACUACGCCCACCAAGGGGCGGGCUUCUCGCUGCGCUACGAAAUCUUCAAAACCGGUUCGGACUGUUCCCGCAACUUCACCAGUCCCUCGGGUCUCAUCGAGUCGCCGGGCUUCCCUGACAAAUACCCGCACAACCUGGAGUGCUCCUUCAUCAUCGUUGUCCCACCCAGCAUGGAUGUCACCCUCACCUUCCUCACCUUUGACCUGGAGAACGACCCCCUGCCGGGCGGAGAGGGGGACUGCAAGUACGACUGGCUUGAAGUGUGGGACGGGCUCCCGGGAGUGGGACCCCUGAUUGGUCGUUACUGUGGGACCAGGGUCCCUCCCGAGAUCCAGUCCUCCACCGGGAUCCUCUCGCUGUCCUUCCACACGGACAUGGCCGUGGCAAAAGACGGCUUCUCCGCCCGGUACAACAUGACGCACAAGGAAGUCAGCGAGACGUUUCACUGCAGCAAUGCUUUUGGUUUGGAGUCGGGAAAGAUCACAGACGACCAGAUCACAGCCUCGUCGAGUUUCUACGACGAGCACUGGCUGCCGCGGCAGGCCCGGCUCAACUACCACGACAAUGGCUGGACGCCCAAUGAGGACAGCAACCGGGAGUUCAUACAGGUGGAUCUGCAUACUCUGAAGGUGCUGACGGGCAUCGCCACGCAGGGCGCCAUUUCAAAGGAAACAGAAAAGGCCUACCAUGUCACCACCUUCAAGCUUGAGGUCAGCACCAAUGGAGAGGACUGGAUGGUCUACAGACAUGGCAAGAAUCACAAGGUUUUCCACGCCAAUACUGACGCCACAGAGGUGGUUCUCAAUCGGAUCCCCCAGCCGGUCCUGGCCCGCUACGUACGGAUCCGACCUCAGACAUGGAAGAACGGCAUCGCGCUGCGGUUCGAGCUGUACGGCUGUCAGAUUACGGAUGCUCCCUGCUCAGAGCUGCAAGGCAUGUUGUCGGGGCUGCUGCCGGACUCCCAGAUCUCUGCAUCGUCCAUGAGGGACAUCCACGGCUCCAUGGGGGCCGCCCGGCUAGUGGCCAGUCGCUCGGGAUGGUUUCCCAACCCAACGCAACCAAUAGCUGGAGAAGAGUGGCUACAGGUGGACCUCGGCGUGCCCAAGAUGGUGCGCGGGAUUAUUACCCAGGGUGCAAGAGGGCUGGAGGGCAGCACCAGCGCUGAGAACAGAGCGUUUGUCAGGAAGUACAAACUGGCGCACAGCUUGACCGGCAAAGACUGGACCUACAUCGCCGACAGCAAGACUGGGUUCGCUAAGAUUUUCGAAGGGAACGGCCACUACGAUACUCCGGAGGUGCGGCGGUUCGAUGAGAUAGUGACCCAGUACGUCAGAGUCUUUCCGGAGAGGUGGUCGCCUGCCGGGAUCGGCAUGAGAAUGGAGGUCCUCGGCUGUGACCUGCCCGAAUCCACCACAGUACCAGACACAGCGACCCCAACUGUGCCCAGAGUGGAAAUGACAACUGCGGCAAUGAGACCCGCCACCACUCCAUCCCUGUCGGCCGUAUGUGACUUUGAGCAGAGCUUGUGCGGCUGGUCGGCUGAUCCCCAGUCAGGCGUGAGCUGGUCCCUGCACACGGCCAGCAGCAGCUCAACUGGACACAGCACGCACGAGACCAGGCAGGAUCUGGCACUGGGGUCGGACAACUUCUCAGGGAACUACCUCCACCUGGACGCGGGCGCCCACACCCAGCGCAAGCGAGCCCGUCUGCUGAGCCCCGAGGUCGGCCCCGUGCGGGGCCCGCUCUGCCUCCUCUUCUACUACCUGCUCCAGGGGGAGGCGCAGGGGAGCCUGAGGGUCCUGCUGAGGGACAGCGACCAGGAGGAGAUGCUGCUUUUGGCGCUGAAAGGAGACCAGGGGCCCCACUGGAGGGAGGGCCGCACCAUCCUGCCCCAGAGCCCCAGAGAGUAUCAAGUGGUGUUUGAGGGCUUCUUCGAUCACCCAACCAGAGGCCACAUCAGGAUAGACAACAUCCACAUGAGCAACAGCAUGGAGCUGGAGCAGUGUACACAGCCCUUCCCCGCCUUGACCCCUGGAAUCAACAGGGAUGCCAUGUCUGGGAUGGAGCCCACAGUAGACACAGUGGUGGCCCAGCCCGUCCCCGCCUAUUGGUACUAUGUGCUGGCGGGAGUCGGCGCCAUCUUGCUGCUGGUCACUGUCACCGUGGUGGUGAUACUGUGCUGCCAUCGGUACCACUGGGCGACCAAGAAGACCAGUGGUCACCAUCAUUCAGUGAUGUACCACAACAGCCAACAUCCAAAUCAGCAGGCUCACCAAAACUGCUACCAGAGCCAACACCUCAGCUACAAUCUGAUCCACAGCCCCAACCCACACCACCUGUACCCAGGUACCGGGCAGAGCCUCGAGCCCAUGCUCACCAUCAGACUGGAGAAGGAUGACAGCUAUGACUCCCAGUGUUGAAGCAAGCGGACAGAAUGAAUGACGCAAGUGUAUCGGAAUGCUUUGCUCAACUAAAGUGAGCAAACGGUGUGAAAGCUCCCCAAAAUGAAUGAUCAGACAGCAGUUAUCAGCGUUUUCGAUGCUCUUCUCUGAUGAGAAUCUACACCGAGGAGUCGCUACAACACUUGUUCCUGUUGCGUACGACUGGUUUAACCGACAGACCAGGAUGCACUUUUUAUUCAACUUCCUUUUUGGCUGGAACUGCUGGAACGAUAAAUAAAAUUAAAAAAAAGUACAACUCCUCACAGUGGACUUUAUGAAUUUUGCUCUUUGGGGAGAGCAGAUGAAAUAACUGAUAACAACUACAACAUCACAGCGCGACUCCUUUUUUCUUUUUUCUUUUUCCAAUGGUCUUAAGAGCAUAACGGCUCCUACGGCUGCACCGCGACCCGAGAAUGAGAUGGAAUAUGGACAGAACGUUAACAAAGUCAAGGGCAGAGAAGGUGUACGCACAUGCAGCGUGAAAUGUCCACACUGAAAAAAAAAAAGCUCAUUUUCCUCUUCCGCACUGCUCGGGUCUGCAGCUUGGACACUUGCCUGCCUCCAAAUACCUUGUGUGACAAGUGAAGGCAUUUUACACCACAAGUACAGGGAGAGAGAGAAGAUGUAGUGUAUGUGUGUGUGUGUGUGUGUGUGUGUGUGUGUGUGUGUGUGCUGCAUCAAAAAAGAAGGCUAUUUCUUUUGGACUGAACGAAGCUGCAGUCUAUAUGUCCACUGGCCUUUGAGAGGGUGGGAGUGACCUGGACAGAUUAAGGCGAGAAAAGGGGGAGAGGUACGGGAGGAAUUAGCUACACAUCCACCGCGUGUUGCUCCUGUGAGCGGGGAGUCAGCGCUGUGCUGCUCGCUGCUCUGGUUUACACGAGGGCAAGACAGGAUGAGGCGGACUCACCCACUGAAUCGAAACGUGCAAAGGCUCAAAGGUCUCACACGCACACACGCUCUGUGCACGGACACCUUAAGACAUUUCAAGUCCCGCGUGUCACCCUGGGUGCGUUGCUUUUUUUUUUUCUUCUUUUCUCUACGUCCUGAUAUGCCUUUUUCUUCAAAUGUGCUUUAAAAAACUAUUACCUCUUCGCCUCCAGAACGAGGUCGUGCCUCAGUGUCGGAUGAGAGUACGAAUGGACUCUGCGCACUUUGUUGGCCUGCGUCCCGCAGAUUAAUCCAUUGCCCGCGUCCGUUAAUGCUCAAACGGAACAUCGUAGUGUGGCCCGCCUCCUUUGGACCAGGUGAAUGAAACAAAACAAAACCCCGAUCAGAUCUUUGUCUGUGCAAGGAACAAAAAAAAAUAAAAAUAUAUAUAUAUAUAUAUAUAUAUAUAUAUAUAUGUAUGUUGUGCUCAUACAUAUUGCCAGUUCCGCUUCUGUUCAACGGGUGAGACCAAACCUGCUGUGACACAGAGCGUCUUACCGGUUCUCUUGACCAUUUCAUUCACCGUGGUCUGUUGAAUAGGACUGGUUCAAUUGUCUUGGUGUUGUUGUUCUUUUUCUUUUUUUAAAGUCAUCAAAUGUACAUAUGUUGGCGUUUGUCUCUGCAUAUUCCCUCGACAGAAUGUGAGUUUGCCUGAAAGAUUGUUUGCGCGAGUGUGACUCGAUGCACUUCUUACUAAUCUGAGUUACACAUUAUUAUUUUUCAAUGUUGAGAGGGACGUUAGCACUUUUUCUUCUUAAUAUUCAUUUUGUUGAAGGUUGAUUGGUUUUCUUAUGUUUACUGUGAAUCUUAAAAAAAAACAAAAAAACUAUGUACCAGUGAGUUAAAAAAACCACAUUUUUUUCUUUCUAAUCUCAAUCACAGUAGGAGUACAUGUGCUUUUGAUUAAACCCGGUUUCAUUUUUAUACUCACUGACCCCAAUUAUGUUCACUGAAAUGAUCUUAACAGACUUUCAUUUGGUAUCAGAUCCUCCGGCUGAAACCGGUUGAGGAACGCGUGUCCCUCAUCUAAAGCAUCGAGUUUAAUCCAGAUAGGGCCACAUAAUAUGAAGCGAGCGUGAGUCCGUACACUUCAUGACAGCACAUCAAAAUGUAAUAUGUAAGGCUGAUGAUGUCAAAAAGACAGAGUAUCACUUUGCUUGGUUUUGGAUCGAGAAGACCCGAAACUAAACUUGGCGUACCUCUUGUUUUCAGGACUAUCUCAUCAACUCCACAUCUUUUGUUGUGCGCUGCUCCAUUUCAUUUUUUAAAAAGAAAAAGCCCCAUAUAUACUGUAUAUAUCCCUCGACCAUUUUUUUUUUUUUAUCCGAACCCGCUUGUACCACUCCUUCCCUUCAUCGUAAAUCCUCCUAGUAAAAAAAAAAAAAAAAACACAGGAGAGAAAACGAGAGGCAGAGAUGGAGCAGAGCAAACCCUCUCGGAGGAAAAGGGGGCCCAUUAAAAAAAAAAGCCCCCUUUCCCUCCAAAGAAUGCGUCCAGGGAUGGAUUGAGAUGAAAGAGAAAAGAAAAAGAAUGCUCUCUCUACUUUCUAAGGAUAGAUUCUCUUUUUCGUCCCCCUUUGCUAAGGCUGACAGGGAGGCAGGUUGGGGGGUUGGACUGAGGGAGGGGGAGACUGGAAGGAGGAGGGCAGGUUGUUCCAAAACGCAAAAGCAGAUGAAAAGUAGUACUUUUGGCAGGAAGACUAGGCCGUGUGAUGGCGAUACACGUUACACGCACAGCACGCCUAACGCACGCGGGCGCUCACCCUCUAACGAACGCGACGCUGCGUUAGGGAAGAGUCUACAUGUCCGCCGUAUUGGAAGCCACUGUUUCACGCGUCUCUCCACACCGCGCACAUCCGCCACGUUCGCUCACUUCAUCGUUGCUGCGCCUCGUCAUGUUCUGUACUUUGGUCAACAGGCACUUUACUUUCUGCUUUUUGUGCUGGCUUAUCCAUUUUUCUGCCUCCCUGGCAGCCCAUCUCGCUUCCAUUUCAAUCGACUGGCGUGUAUGAUUUACACAUUAUGUGACUCAUUCUAGCAGCCCUCUGCCGUAAAAAACCCAAUCAAUGUGGGUCUGAAAUUCAAACGCAGCAAUGAUAUAUGACAGUAUUUAUGUUGUGCUACCCGUGCACUUUUUCCCUAUUCCAUCCUCUCUCUCUCUCAAAGUUUUCGCAAGAUUUGGAAAAUGUGCUGGCGUCUUCUCAUCAUGCGGCACUUUUAAAUCAACCUCCCCUCACUUCCCUCUCCCUUCCCCAUCAUGGACUACUUUGAAGCCCUUUAAUAUUUCUAAUUAGUUAAUGGAGCUGAUUGCAUUCAUAAAACCCUGCAGUAAGCAUUUCUAGCCCUCGGGCCACCUCUACUUCUUCUCCUCUUCCCCUCCCUCUCCUCCUCCUCCUCUGUUUCCUUGAGAAAUAUUACAAAUGAAAGCACUAGCAGGUCCUUGGGCCCCCUCUGGAACUGCAUAUGGUGCCAAAGAGCCAUCCAUGGCAUCGCCUGAAUAAAAGAGCCCCCUUUUUUUUUUACACUCCUUUCGUCUUACUAAUUGGAGAGUAGGAGAUGAAAUGGGGCUACGGGGAGUUUUAAUCUCCUCUCAGAUCCACGCGAUGAUUCUUCUCGGCAUCCUAGCCGGAGGGGCUUUAAAGCCGGGAUCAUUAGAAAGUGUUCAACCGUCGUCCAAAAGAGUUGUCCGAGCAUUUCUCUUUUAAUUUAUAUGCUGCUUCUUUUGCUACCUCUCCGCUGGUGAUUUAAUGUUUUGUCAAGACCUGGCGGUGGUUUCAGUUCACAUGUGGGAAAGAGUCAUUUAGAGCCUGGAGGGUCUUGUUGAGAGACUGUACUUGUGCCCAAUCAGAAGACCCAACAGAUGCCCUCACGUGCAGUCUCACAUGGAGAACACUUUUCGGUCGGAUCUCUACACAGUGUUCGUGUUCACAGUGUGACUUCACUGGGAUCGGCCAUAUAUUUAGCUCAGGCGGGUUUUGUUUAUUGUUUCUGCACAUAAACUUCAGAAUAACUGCAUUUUUCCACAUUGAACAACAUGACAGCAUCAAUUUAUUUCGCGAAAUUGUUAAGACCACUGCCAACUUUAUUGUAGAAGCAUGGUCAUCUCCCGCAGGCCACUCUGCAGCUCGCCUAGCUCGCAUGCUUUGAGAUGUCUGUCUGUCUGUCUGUCUGUCUGUCUGUCUGCCUGUUUGUCUAUCUUUCUGUCUGUCUGUCUCUCUGUCUGUCUGUCUGUCUGUCUGUCUGUCUGUCCGUCUAUCUGUCUGUAUGU